CCCCCCAUGUCUGUGGUGAAGUCCAUUGAAUUAGUGCUGCCCGAGGAUGCCAUCUACCUGGCCGGCUCCAGCCUCAAAGGGCAGGUGAUUCUAACCCUGAACAGCACCCUGAUAGACCCCAUAGUGAAAGUGGAGCUCGUGGGAAGAGGUUAUGUCGAGUGGAAUGAAGAAACCGGGGCAUCCCGUGAUUAUAGCAGAGAUGUGAUUUGCAACAACAAGGCAGACUAUGUGCAUAAGACAAAGACAUUUCCAGUGGAGGAUAAUUGGUUAAGUGCAGGCAGCCACACCUUUGAUUUCCAUUUCAACUUACCUCCCAGGCUUCCUUCUACCUUCACCAGCAAAAUUGGCCACAUCUUCUACUACGUACAAGCUUCCUGCAUGGGCCGGGAGUUCAUUUUAGCCAAGAAGAAGAUGUAUUUAUUGGUUCAAGGGACUUCGGACUUCCGCAAAGAAAGCUCAUUCCAGAACCCUCUGCUGGUGGAGGCUGAGAAGAGGGUGUCUUACAACUGCUGCAGCCAGGGCACUGUCCACCUGCAAAUCUAUAUGGAAAAGAACAUCUUCACGCCGGGAGACAGAGUCAUUUUCACGACCGAGAUCAACAACCAGACCGGCAAGUGCAUCAAGACGGUCCUCUUCGCCCUCUAUGCCCAUGUGCAAUACCAGGGCUUCACGCCCAAGACCGAGCUGCGGACGCGCAUGGACAGCAGUGAGCUGCUGCGCCAGGAGGCCAACACCCACAUCUCGCCCUUCAACACCACCAAGGUCGUCAGCACCUUCCACUUGCCCCUGGUGCUGUCGCUGAGCAGCGGUAGCAGCCAGCAGAACAACGAGAUCAUGAGCACGCAGUACGAGCUGGUCAUCACCGUCCACCUGCCCUGGUCCCUGACCACCGUCAAGGCCAAGGUUCCCAUCAUCAUCACCAGCUGCCAGCUGCUGGACGGGGAGGAGCCUAGAUCACAGAAUUAA